AUGGCAUCGAAAAAGUUAAGAUUUCGUGGCGAUGCAACGGCAGCUACAAAUCGCAUCGAUGACAUCGUUGAUGAGGGUGAUGUACUGCAGGAUGUGGAUGCGACGGAGGUGGUGGAUGGCAUACAUAAACGUUCUAGUGGGAGUACUGGCAAAGACAACAGUGAUAUAAAAUCAACCAAAGAGAAAAAGGCAGAGGAGGAAGAGGGUAAGUUCUCGGCCAAUGUUUGUUGGUAUGUCUGUCUGUCGGCCGGCUGCUGUGUGCAUGGCAUAGAUUUUCACAAGAAAAACAAAUUAUUUGUCGGCUCUCUAUUUUUGUUUUUCUUACCACACCCAGAAUAUCCUUCAUUUAUGGAUUUUUUCAAAUUGGAAAUGACCCGUGGCUAUCUACUGGAACACGAUGAGGAACGUUAUACGGCACGACGUAAAAAGAUCUACUCCUUUAUGCGUAUACCCCGUGAUUUGGAACGUUUCAUGGUGUAUGGCAUAAUGCAGUGUGCCGAUUCAUUUUUAUAUAUUCACACUUUCCUGCCGGUACGAUUUACAUUGGCGGUGUGGGGUAUGUUAACACGGCCCAUCGCCAGUUGUUUGGGUUUACGAAGAAGAAAACAACGCCUGCUGACACCUGCCGAAAUAUGUGAUUUACUGAAAGGAUCAAUAUGGAUUGUGGUGACACUACUGAUGCUGUCCGUCGAUACAAAUCGCGUGUACCACAUUAUAAAAAGUCAAUCGAUAAUAAAAUUGUAUUUAUUCUACAAUAUGUUGGAGGUUGGAGAUCGCUUACUAUCGGCCUUUGGUCAGGAUACAAUAGAUGCUUUGUUUUGGACAGCAACCGAACCGAAAAAUUCCAAACGGGAACAUUUUGGACUUAUUACGCAUAUUUUAUUUGCGUUAAUAUAUGUGGUGCUGCAUAGCUUUUUGAUUAUGUUUCAGGCCACCACACUCAACGUUGCCGUCAAUUCAAAUAAUAAAGGCCUAUUAACCAUAAUGAUAUCCAACAACUUCGUUGAGCUCAAAGGAUCGGUAUUUAAGAAAUUCGAUAAAAAUAAUCUCUUCCAACUGACAUGCAGUGAUGUACGUGAACGUUUCCAUCUCUCCGUCCUACUGUUCAUUGUUAUGAUACAAACAAUGAAGGAAUUCGAUUGGAGUAUAACACAAUUCUGUGUAAUGCUGCCAGAUUGUUUUUCCGUAUUAAUAACGGAAAUUCUAAUCGAUUGGAUUAAGCAUGCCUUUAUUACGAGGUUUAAUGAAUUACCUGAAUGCAUUUAUCGCGAGUAUACAACAAGUUUGGCCUAUGAUAUGACUCAGACACGACAGAAACAUGCAUUUUCAGAUCAUUCAGAUUUAGUGGCCAGACGUAUGGGUUUUAUACCAUUUCCCCUGGCAGUGGUGUUGAUUAAGGCCAUCUAUUCUGCGGUUUCGUUUAAUAAUUUGGCAGCAUGGAUUUUAUUUUCAUUGGCAUAUUUGUUUGCUUUGGGUAUGCGGAUUGCUUUGACAAUUUGUGCCUUGGGUAAGGCAUGUAAACUGAUGAAGGAACAUCAGGAUGAAAAGUGUAAUACAUCGACGCCAAGUUCCAUGACAAAUGUACCACCGGUGGGUACAGGAACAGCAAAACCGGGUUCGGCAAGUUUGGUGGGCUCAUCAGUGCUGGCAUCAUCUUCCCCAAUUCUAAAUCGACAUCGCACAGAUGUGGCUACAUCUCCAACACAUCCUUCAUCUUUUAAUUUCCCUCUACAAAGAUCCAUAACGACUGAUUUAUCAUCCACUAUGUCUUCAGCCACCUCCACACCAAAACAGAAUACCACCGCCAUUACAACAUCACCCACCACAUCAAAAGGUGCAAUACUAAACAUAACACACAAUGACAUAGAAUUAGAUGUAAAAAGUUCACUGGAAUUGGGUGCAACAGCUUUAUUUUCCAACAGUGACGUGGAUUUGGAUGAUGUUUGUCUGAAUGAACAUGUCCUCGAUACAAAUACUUCUUCAACUACAACUGGGUUUGUAGAAGAGGCUUUGGCCCGCAGUGAACCAGAUCUACAACAGUCGUCAAGUGUCAAUACCACACCGACCUCGAGUAAUCCAACGGCAAAGGUCACAAAUACCCAACAGAUUAGAAGGCGUACCCAUAAACGUUCAGAAUCGGAACCAAGUAUGCAGAGCAUAGUUGGUUCAUCGGAUUCCAGUGAAUCAUCUGCAGCACAUCAGGCGUAGUUGUAACGAU